GUGUCGGCUAUGGGAGUAGGCGGUUCCGCGGUGGGCGGGCGAGCGAGGACGAUGUGUGGGACGGGGAGGACGGGGAUGAGGGUGCGAAGGACGAGGCGUAGCGAAGUGCAGAUCGAGCCUGUUAUGGCAGGGGAGGGCAUGUGGCGACGCGGUGUGCUGGGCUGGGCGACCUCCUGCUCCCCACGGCCACCCGCACACUGCGCCCACCGCCCUCUGAGUCUCUGUGCGGGACGGGCCCUGUCGCUCGCUUGCCCCGGACGCUGAUACGCUGCUCGACGGUGUCCCGCAGCGGGCAGAACCGGGACAGCCUCUGUUCGCCUGCCCGUCGCGUGACCCAUUUAUCGCCUUUUUUGGAAAGAGCUCACUCAUGCUGGAUGCAGCGUUCGCUCCGCCGCCCUCUUAUAAGGCCCCUUCUCCACCCAUCCGUCCCACAACCGCCCCUCCCCCUAUUUCCCCCUCGUCUCGCUUCUCAAUCUACCUCUCCAACCCGCUACCACUCCAAUUUGGCCCAACCCCAACGGGUGAGUAUCGGAGUCGUCCUCCCCUGUCCCCCGUGCGAUGUUACCAGACGCCGUGGAGCUCGUGUGCUCUGCGACCUAGCCACUGCGACCGCGUCGGUCGCGUCUGGAAGGACGCAUAAUGCGCAUGCUCAGCGGUGGGUGCUCAGUGCCGUCGUCUAUCCGCCCCGAUCGCGUCCUGGUCGCGUUCAGGCGUAUAGGGCCUACGCCGUGGGCUGUCCGUCGCAGAGCAGCGCUCUGGAUCACCAGCGAUCUUCCGUACAGGCUCGCAGAGCCUCCCUCUCCGAACCUAGGCGUUUCUGCCCGCUCGCGCUCGCAGCGAAGCAUGCUACUGGGCUGCCUACCUCCCUACGGGCAUGGCCCAUCCUUCGCGGUAGGCUACUCAGCCGCCAGUGUAUCCUUCGCGAUCGAUGUGUCCCUCGCACGCCUGGGCCGUCCAGCUAUCAUCCUGGAUCCCCAAAGAUAGAUCGCCUAUCAAACUGCUGUGCGGCACUUCGCCCUACCGAAGGUGCCUUGGCCUGUGUUAUCAGACAGCGGCCUUUGGUGUACUGGUUGCCUCAGCUGGCGGACACAUCGAUGACCGGUGCUUGCUCCGUUGCAACGCUCACGAGUCGGGACGUCGCGAUGACAUUCACCGAUUGGCCGGAGUGGGUGUCGCAGAUGGAACCACAUGCGACAGUCUGGAACAGUCUCUCCAAGACGGGUUCCCGCUGUUGUAUGUGCGAAGCUUUCUACUGGCAGGCCGUGUGUAGCCCCGAGUUGCGUCGUGGUGGUGGUGCACACCCGGGGUACAUGGUAUAUGUACGUCAAUCACCGCGAGCGUUAUGGCCCAGGGCUCUGGCUGCAUUGCGAAUCUUCGUCCCCACCACUCCUCAGCUCGCCCAAAAUGUCUGAGAUCGUACUGAGACGUCUCGGUCUUGCGCAGACUGAUACUGCCAUGGCCUACCGCACGCCCUACGUGACCCCGCACAUCCUCCACAAGAACUAUGCUCAGGCUUUCGACGC